GUGUUGACCAGAGGUUCGCUUUCUUUUCCCGUCCCUAAAAUCCUUGUUACGGUAUUAUUUCCUUGUUCGAACGUCGGCUCUUUUAUUAACGGUAAGUCCAAUUCUCAUCAUUCUAAACUACAUGAUUUCAUUCAGGUCUGCUUACGUCUGUUUCCUGAUCACGAUGCUGAUGCUUUCAAUCCACCGAGGCCUCUUCCUCAGAACCACGUGGAUUCUAUCGUCGGUGAUCUUUUCAAGGGGUAUCGCAGAUGGGACUCCAUCUACUUCUCGUUUAUCGCUGAAUGGAAUUAUAUUUACGAACAAAGUCUAGCCUUUUUCCCACUCUGGCCUUGUAUUUUGAGCAUUGUGUCACGCAUAUUUCAUCCAUGUUUUUUCGCAAUUUUACAGCUAGAUACAAUUGUGCUUCUGGUUGGAAUCAUGUUAAACUUCGUUUUUGGGUCAAUGAUUUGUCUUUUACUAUUUCGUCUAGGCCUAAAUGUACUCGGUUCCGCCAAAGUGAGCUAUUUUGCUGCACUCUUGUUCUGUCUUAAUCCAGCCCUGGUAUUCUUCUCCUCACUCUAUUCGGAAUCACUUUUCUUACUCUGCACUCUGCUCGCUCUCUCGUGUUACGAGCAACGGCGUUUGUUUCGGGCCAGUUUUUUCAUUGCAUUGAGUGUGGCUUGUCGUAGCAAUGGGAUGCUGAAUAUAGGCUAUAUUGGCUAUCUGAUCUGGAACGAACGCACAAUUUUGGACACUAAACGUUCCCUUUUAACGCUGCUCAAAAAUACAUUCACAUGGUGGUUCUAUUUGGCAGCAACCCUAUUUCCCUAUAUAUUACUCGUUCUGUUUUGUAUUUUUCCACUAAUAGCAUAUCAGGCGUACGCCUUUUAUCUGUUUUGUACCGAAUCUUCUUUCCUAACUCCUCUAUUUCCACCGCAUUCGCUUGUCGAAUUCGGUCGCCAAAAUCAGUACCGUUUUCCGCGAUGGAUUUAUACAAAUUAUUCUCUACCCUCUGGCUCCCUUCCACCUUGGUGUUUAUCGAAUUUACCAUUUUCAUACCCAAAUAUUCAGAAAAGCUACUGGAGCGUGCAUCUUUUUGGUUAUUAUGAAUUUAAACAGAUACCAAAUUUUUUGCUCGCUUGUCCCGUGGUUUUUCUCAGUUUAGCAUGUGCUGCCGCCUUUUAUAGUCGUGCUCCAAACACUUACAAAACCUUGGGUUUAAAGGCUGAGACACUUAGGGACCGGCGAUUGUUGCCCUAUGUUUUGCAUACACUCUUCCUGACUAUCUAUGGCUUGACGCAUAUUAACGUUCAGGUGAGUCACAUUCCUGCUAUUGAUCCAUAUUUGCGAUGCUACUGUUUUGUUUUCAAAUCAAACUGUAUUGCAUCACAAUUGCUCAGUUUUUUUUCAGUUUACCCCUGGUUAUGGUUUCAUGCCGUCUUGUCAGGUCUUAGCUUGACCAAUCUUGACUAUUUUCCAACCGGUGUACAUCACUCGCCGUGGCAACCUAUUUGGUGA